AUGGGAGGUCAAAAGGGUCCUGCUGGGGUUAGUGUGAUCAUGGUGGGUCUGAUCAUAGUGAUCAUGGCCACUGCGGCUAUGAGCUGCUCGGAGAAGGUAGCCACCAACAAGAAGACGUCGUGGCCGGAGGUGGUAGGGCUGAGCGUGGAGAAGGCCAAGGAGAUCAUCCUCACGGACAAGCCGGAUGCCGACAUCGUCGUCCUCCCCGUCCUCUCGCCGGCUCGCCGGUCACCAAGGACUACAGGUCCGAGCGUGUCCGCAUCUUCAUUGACACCGUCGCCGAGAUCCCCCACACUGGCUAGCUAA